ACGACGAGACACGAACAAAACCCGUGUGUGUCCAUUUCUGCGAAAAUUUCGUCGUCCGUUUCCUGAACAAGUCGUCCGCGCGGUUGCAGCUGCUGCUAGUGCAAAUCGAGAAGAAAUUAAUUCGUCAGAAAUAGUAUCAAACGGAAAAAACCGAGAGUGAGUAAAAAUGGUGAAGGAAACGGGAUUCUACGAUGUGCUUGGCGUGAAGCCUGGCUGCUCCCCGGAAGACUUGAAGAAGGCGUACAGAAAGCUUGCGAUGAAGUACCACCCCGACAAAAAUCCCAACGAGGGUGAGCGUUUCAAGCAAAUUUCCAUGGCGUAUGAGGUGCUCUCGGACCCGGAAAAGAAAGCCAUCUACGACGAGGGUGGCGAGACGGCCAUCAAGCAGGGUGGUGCGGGUGGUGGAGGAUUCCACAGCCCGAUGGACAUUUUCGACAUGAUCAUUAACGGGGGCAUGGGCGGAAGGAGAGAGCAGCGCGGGCGCGAUUUGGUGCAUCGAUUGACCGUGUCGUUGGAAGAGCUUUACAGUGGCGCCACCCGGAAGCUGUCCUUGGCGAAGCACGUCAUCUGUGAUGGAUGCGACGGAAUCGGCGGAAAGAGGGGCUCCGUACAGAAGUGUGCCCACUGCGAUGGCACCGGUAUAGUCACCAAAGUGCAGACCAUCAUGCCCGGGUUCAUGCAGCAGAACAGGGUAGCUUGCCGCACUUGCCAAGGACAGGGCGAGAUAAUCGAAGAGAGACAUAAAUGCAAGAAGUGCGACGGCCAGAAGAAGGUGCGUGACAAGAAGAUACUGGACGUCCACAUCGAGAAGGGUAUGCGCGGAGGACAGAAGAUCGUUUUCAGUGGAGAGGGCGAUCAGGAACCGGGCCUGCAGCCGGGCGACAUUGUGAUAGCCCUCGAGGAGAAGCGUCACUCGAUCUUCAAGCGCGCCGGAAUGGACCUGGUCAUGGACAUGCGGCUGGAUCUGUCGGAGGCGCUGUGCGGUUUCCAGAAGGUCAUCACUACGUUGGACAAACGCAGCCUGGUCAUCCACGCCAUGCCGGGAGAGGUCAUCAAACACGAGUCCCUUAAGUGCAUCCAGGAUGAGGGCAUGCCGCAAUGGAAGAACCCAUUCGAGAAAGGACGAUUGAUCAUCCAGUUCAGGGUCGAGUUUCCGGACUCACUGCCGGCAGAUGCAGCGAAACUGUUGGAACAGUACCUGCCCCCGAAGCACAUCGAGGAACUACCGCUGGACGUUGAAAUGGUUCACAUGGUCGAUCUGAAUACGGAGCAAGAGGCCCGCAACGAAUACAAGAAUGCCUACGAUGAGGACGAGGAGGAUGGCGGAACUCCUGGUAUAAGGAUCCAGCAGUGCGCCACGAGCUAAGUCGUUCGCCCACAGCAUCAUAACACUAGGGGCGUCGCUUCGACGUCGCUUUCUAUUCCGCUCGGACGCCGUGUGUUUGUAUCUGCGCACAGCGCUCGGUAGCAGCAUGGGAGAGAGAAACGUUGCGUUGGAAAGGGGGGGGAAAACUAUAGGUGAACAGGAACCAUAUUGGAUUGAUAAAAAAAAGAACAAAUUUUCAGUUUUCUAAGAGCAACCAUGAAAAUCAAGAACAGAACCUAGUAAGAAACAGUACGGGUACGUGCUUGUACUUUUUUCUUGCAAUUCAUUACAAUAAAUUAUUAGCACAUCAAUCCGGAUUAAAGUAACACACAACCCAAUCAAAAAAAAAGCAUUGUGAACUUACUGCGAAAUGAGAACCAGGUAAUCACCCCCUCUUCUGGGAGGUGUCGAUAGUAGAAAGUGAUAUCUCGAAGGCCGACUACCGCAGAGGGUGGAAGGGUAUGGUCAGGGAAGGAAUUGGCACUGCUUUACGACGAUGAAUUGCGCGGGCAUUAGUAGAUCGGUGCGAUGCGCCACGAAAGAGAGAUGCACCCUACUUUAUAACCUUGCUGCAAGUAGACAGAAUAUAAUCGCUUUACGUUACUCUACUACUGCACCGCAGUGCACCAUUAUUUGGCUUUGGGCCGCGAUGCAAAACAACCCACAGAGCGGAACGGUAGGAUAUUUUACAUUAUUAAAACGGAUUGGAAGUUUUGUGGAAAGGCAAUUGCUGGAGGAUAUGAUGAGAUAAAGGAAGGGUGAAGCAACUUCCCAGAGAAUAAUUAUAAUCAUCCGACCUUGACCUUCCUGCAUCCCAUUCUGGCUCUCGGCAUCCCCAUGUAUGUGGAAACGUAGUUUGCGCGAGUCUAACAUUAUUUUUAGUUUUACCAAUUUCCCUGCUGCAGGCAAUGUGUGUGUAGUACUAUACAUUCGAUAUUUUCCUGUACGUGUUUCGUAUGAAAGGAACGAAAUAAAACUUCAUGUAGCAAAAAA